AUGCUGAGGCGAAAGUGUCGGUCGAUAGUACCACCCUCGACGGCGACCCUCGAGACCUGCCAUAUCGCUGCAGUGCUGCCAGCGUUCCUGCUGCCGGCCUUCGCAAUCGAGCGAGCGGUCCUCCAGCUCGACGUCCACCUCGCCAGCGAUGUCGCACCCUCAUUCGCUCCAAUGGCAACCACGUCUUCGCAUGCACAAUCGGACGUAUCACUAUCAAGUCAACACCGUGAUGUGUCGCCCUCAAAGCCUCGCCUGCGGUCACGAACGGCGUCCUCAUCAUCCUGGGCGAUCAAAUCGAGUCGCUCGUUCAGCUCCUCCGCUGUCACGUCACAAUCUCUCGACUCGAGCAGUCCCCCAGAACAGAGUCACCCACGCGUAUGGACAAGUGAUGAUUCGAGAACAACCGAGCACCGGAUAGGGGGCCUCGCGUACCGAAAGGGUAGACUCGCCUCGUCUUCUAGCCAGCUGUCCGCGAUCCCACCUCGCUAUAACAGUCAAGGGCGCGUGUAUAAUCCAAAUGCCACCUCACAACACCCCAAAACGCACGGUAUAGACCAAUCUCCUGGUGCUCUCCGUGAUCGUAUGCACAGAUUGGCUGAGCCGGCGAACCGCAGCGAGUUGCUUCGAGCGAUCCACCAAGCCCCUGUCUCGGAUUGGGGCGACAACGCGCUCUACUCAUUGCUCGAACUCAAGAAUCAUACCAGACGGCUCGAACGUCUUGACGACAUCGCUCCCGUUGCCGCACUGUCGACGCUCGGUAUCGCUGCAGGUCAGCCGACCUUUUCGCUGCAGCUACUUCGCAAUUCGAUGGAUGCUAUCCUCCUUCGGUAUGGGAACGACCCCAAGGAGGCGAUCCGGAAGGUUUCGAAGCUGGUCGAACAGCCACUCCGUCGUCUGAGGCACGACAAAUCAUUUGCGACAGCUUUGUCCGUCACCAAUCCUGCGCUUGCUCGCAACUGCUUCACACCGGUUGUGCUCAAAAAUCACCUGCGAGCUCUUUACGAGCUCGAUCGAUACCCCGAGGCAAUUCGCGCGUUUCACAUGUUCGAAGAGCAUGGUCUCGAACCCGAUGCAGCUUCUUGGGAUGACUAUGUCGGCGCCCACCUACACCACUCGGAUGUGCAGACAGCGCAGGCGGUCCUCGCUGAGAAGAUCGAACGGGGCCACGGUACGACAUCCAACACGGUCCUCACUUUGCUCGAUGGCAUGUACCGGUACGGAGGUAGCCGCGUUAUGGAAGACCGGGCUCUUGAAGAUGUCACUCCGGAAGCAUUGAAGCGCUCGCAAGCGGUUUCGCAAGAUGUCCGAGUGCUAAACAAAAUUAUAGCGGCUCGAUUCGCCCGACGGGAUGCGGCGGGUGCUCUUCAGGUGUUUCAACGCUACUUCGAUGUGUCACCUGAGCUACGGAGUCGAGUGGCCGAGGCUUUCACGAUCUAUUCACCAGAUUCACAAAUAUCCUUCGACCACUAUCAGCCGACACCCGAUUUGGCGACACUCGCCAUCAUCACCAAAGCUUUGGCUCGGACACGCCAAUUCGAGACUGCGCUCAGCUUCAUCGUGGAAGAGUCGCAGCAGCCAACCCUUGGCUUGGUCAUCGACGACCACACCAUUGCUGUCAUCGUUCUCUGUCUAGUUGAACGUCAGCCCAACGGACUAGCUGAGGCGAGCCGAUUCCUACAAGCCCUGCCCCACGGCGAGGGGCGCGUCGAGCUGGUUGGUUCCGCAUCUCGGACGGUCAAUUUUCCGCGUUUCGAACCGUCUGGCAUGGCCUUUGAAACCCUGCUGGCUGCCACGCUCCGCCAGACCGGGCUGACGGGUGCCAAAUCUCUGCUCGAACGCCUCGUGGAAACGCACAGCAACGGCUCGGUCAGCGUGUCUGAGGGAACGAUCACGAUCCUCGUCGAGUACCUCGCCCAACAAGUCGGCCAGAUUGUCGAAGCCGCUUCGCUGAUCAUCCGAUUAUGGGAGCUGUCGUCGGACCGUGGGAAUCAAAGGCCGAGUCUGAAGAACGUCAGUGCUCUGCUUCGGGGAGCUUUGCAAUCGGCGAAGAACAAAUCAAUGCCUUCACGAGAUGCGAUUACUUUGACGCUUGCCGUGCUUCCGCCAAAUCUCCUUCCCCCCGCUAGCGACGAAGAGUCCGGCAGACCCUACCAGUCCAUUAUCGGCCCCGAUGCUGCCAAGAUACGAGCCUCCCUCGUCGCUCGGGUUCUGCAACCUGAUCGGACGACAUCAGAGCUGCUGCUUGAGACCGUGUCCCCCGUCAAUUCGAUGGUGAACGACACCGAGCACAUGUGGGAGCAUCUUCAAUCCUCGAUCCUUAGCCGUGGGAUCAGGCCCACGUAUCGACAUCUGGACCUCAUUCUUCGAGCUUACAUCCACCUCGGGGACCCGGCUGGGGCUCGUCGCGCCCUCGAUCGCGGCUUGAACCACCUGUUGAUCGAAGCCCAUCCCGCUCUAUACGCCACCCUCAUCAACGGUUUGACGUUAUGCGGUGACCUAGAUGGCGCUCUUCAAGUUUACGCAGAAAUGGGUGAUCGCGGGAUCGACCCGAAUCGCCGCGUAUACGUCGCUUUGGUGAUCGGGUUCAUCCGUCAGCGCAAACAUGACGCCGCUCGCAUGGUGCUCGAAGAAGCCAAGCAAAGCCUAGCGGAUCAAUCGAUCGACACGAAUCCCAUCUUUGUCGGCGUAGAGUACCGCGCUAGGAUCGCGCGUGAUCGGUUCCCGGAUGCGGUCCGAUGGCUUCAUGCCAAGCUGGCGACGGGCCAGGUCGAGAUCGACGAGGUGCUCGCUCGAAUCGUGAAGCGUUCCUGGAGAUGGGCCAAGUGGAAGCUCAAUCGUCGCAGUCGAGGGUUGAUCGAAUUCAAGGGUGGCCUGCCUCGUAACGAGUGGAGCGAUGAGGAGGUUGCUGAGAUCGUCGAGUCGUUGGAAGAGACGUGGAAGUGGGCGAGAACAGCGAGAGCGAAGCGACGGCAGGAACUGGGUCGAGGCUGGAACGAGGCGCAGAAGAUUUGGAAUGGCUCGAGAAAGUCGUAG